AUGUCUGACCAAGAACAAACAGAAGACACACCACAGUUGUCUGACAGCGACUCCAGCGAGGAUGAAUCAGAUCGAGAACUUAUUGAAUCCCUUGUAGCGGGUCGCGAACGAAGAAAGACGGCGGGUAAUCGUUACGACCGAGAAACAAUCCUGGAAGAGGCUCCAGCAGAGGAAGACCCAGAUGAAGUGGCACUGUUAUUUGCCGAUAAUGAGGAAGGAGAAGAUGAAGAGUUUAAAAGCGAUGAGCCGGACGAUGAGGCAGAUAUGUCCUCAAGUGAUGACGAUGACCAAGGCCCAAAUGCUGCGGCGGAUGAUCUCGAAGGCGAAAAGGAGAUAAUAAAACAGGCCAAGGACGAGCGAUCGAAGAAACGCAGAGCAGACCUGGCAUUAACGAGUGCAGCUGGCUUGCGGAAAAAAUUGAAGACAAAUCCUACGCAGCCUACAUUGCCCGCGGCUAAACCCAAGCCAUCUAAGAAAAAAGAACGAGUGACUUGGGUACAUGCUCAAGAUUCCGGCCGGAGUUCGUUACGAAAACAAACGAUCGCCCAUCGCGCCGAAACAAUUCAGCGACUGAAGGAGAGCGAAGCACAGAGUAAAAAGCUAAAAGCACUGAAGGAGAAAAGAGACCGUGAGCGGGCGGAAGAUGCGCCAAAGGAAUUGACACAAGCAGAUCGACUAGCUGAAGCCGCCAGGGUUGAGCGCCAGAAUGCAAAGAGUCUGAAUCGUUGGGAAGCACUGGAGAAGAAGAGACAAGAAGAGCAGGCAGCGAAAUUAGCAGCUCUGAAAAAUCGCAAGCUGGAAGGCCCCGUCGUGAGUUGGUGGAGCGCAAAGGCGACAUGGAUUGGUCCUAGGCUGAAUAAAAUCGGCACGAAAGACGCAGGAGAUAUUCUAGAGGGAGGGGGAGCCAUAACGAAGAAGAAGCCUGGGAGGAAGACUAAAGCAGAGCUCGAACGGCUGGCCGCCGAAAAGAAAGCCGAAGAGGGUACGCCAGCAACUGCACCGACCAGUACUGAAAACAUAGCACCGGUAGCGCAAGCGGAAGUCCCUCAACCGAGCAAAGUCUUAGCAGGUACGGAGGACAUUGCACCAGCACCGGCAAGUUCAGAACCCGAACUUGCAGCCCCGGUGCUUGACCCAAGUGGUGAGGCUGCAGACCCUCCAGUUCCCUCUUUGGUGACGGCAACAGAUGUGAUACCGAAUCCAGAGUCUAGACCGACUCAACCAGUUGGAGACAAGCUGCAACAGCCUCGGGAGCAACAGGUCGAACCAAACUCGACACCAUCGACUGAACUUCCUAGAGGAUUUGCGGACUCUUUCCUUGAGGGAAUCGAAGAGUACGCUUCGAUGCAAGAAGAAGCCCGCCCACCUAACAAGGAUUUGGGCAACGAGGAAAAUCUAGCCAAAUCAACGAAAAUAGACGAACCAAAGCUCGAUGUACAGAUGAUCGACGCCCUAGGCGAUGAACCAGAGGCCACAGCACCGACUGCCCCGACUACCAGUCAAGCCGCUCCUUCAGACGUCAAUUCUUCUCCGCACCGCAAAGAGAUUCCAAGUUUGGUUCCAAGCACUAUAGCUACUAACCCUUCACCCGCUCAACCGGCAUCUGAUCCGGUGAUCUCGGAAGAUAUGGCUCAACAGAACGGCCAGGCAAGUGUAAAACAACCACCGGUACAAGAAGCUGAAGACCAAAGUGUGGUCAGAAGCGAAAGGGUGGAGCAGCAAGGUCUGGAAGUCAAGGCUGAUAAAUCUGUACCUGAGCCUCUGCCUGAACGUGAGCCCGUGAUUGAGCACUCAACCCGAAACCUCGUUAUCCUGGAAAAGUUUGACGGUCUCAGCAAUCAAGCGCGACAGGAGUUUUCGAUAUUUUACAACCAGCGAAAGCCGGGAAAGGCAGUGAAGUCGCUGAAGCACAGUCAAGAGCUGUGCCCUAUCACGGCUUUUCCCGUUAGAUAUCGUGAUCCAGCUACCGGGAUCGGGUUUGCGACGGCUGCAGCAUAUAAAAAGCUUCAGGAGGUGAAGGACCACCAAUUCAUCUGGAGUAGCAUGCUAGGUUGCUACGUCGGUCGGGACGGAGCAGUGGCUGCUCGCGGAGUACCAGAAGGGUUUCUUCAGGAGUGA